CCUCAUUUUUUCCAAAUAACUGUUAGAAAACCGAAGCAGUGCCACCGCCUUCAACUCCGAAAUGAAAUUCUUCAUCGGAAAGGCCUCUACUCUUCACUCUCAUCAUCAUCAAUUUCUGCUUUAUAUAAUUUCACCUCAAUCAAAUUAUAUAAACAAAUAUUAUCCCAAUUUUAUUACAAAGCGGUGGCUCAAUACUGGGACCGAGUCGACUCAAUCCGAGUUCCCGGGACCCAACGCGUACGAGCUACUAGGUGUAUCCGAAACAAGCUCUUUUGCUGAAAUCAAAGACUCUUUUCGUAAAUUGGCUAAGGAGACUCACCCUGACCUCCUCCCUCUUUCCACGCCCAAUUCCUCCUCUACUUCCAAGCAAUUCGUUGACAUACUUGCUGCUUAUGAGAUUCUAUCCGAUUCUGAGAAGAGAGCGCAUUAUGACCAGUACCUCUCAGCUCGAAAAACACUUGUUCAUGUGCAUUCUAGACAAGGUUCAAAAAUGUGCAUGUAUGAAUCAUAUAGCACAUCAAUCAAGGAGAUGGAAGUUGUUGAAUGGUUAAAGUGGUAUAGACAAACAGUAAAUGACAUAUUGGCUGAAAAAAGGGUAGUAUCUGGAUCAGGCUAUUUUGAUGCACUGGAAAGAGAUUUCUACUCAGCAUUACAUUUAGCAUUCUACGGCCCUGAAAUUGAGUCAGAUCUCCUUCCUGAGUGUUUUGAAGCUGAGGAGAGAUCAGUAUAUGAAACAGCUGAGGUUCUGCACCUGGUGUUCGGGCGAGAUCUUUUUGGGAUGGUCUGUUUCGCCAAAAAUGUCCCCGAACUGUCACAUGCUUCUAGGGAAAAACUAACAUCCUUUACGCCGGGCUUGGGUCAUUCCAUUGAGAAUCUCCCCAUGAAAAUGCAUCCGGAGACAGCUCAUACUGGUUCUGAUCAAAGGCAAUUGAGAAGUUCUAAUUACCAUACAUCAGAUGCAUACAGAAACUUGGAAUUGCAUGUUGGAAGGAGGCUUGUUGCUGUGGCCACAAGAGUUCCACCUAGGAGUAGAUCUAAUGGGAUACAGAAUGAGGGGUUUGAUGACUGCAUUCAUGUUUACCUCAAUUCAGAUGAAGUCCAAAGAUUUUCUAAAAGUAACUUUAUAAACUUCGGAUUGAAAUCUGCCGUUCCACUGGGAAUGAUAACAGGGUUGGGGACCAGUCCUGAAGAAGGUUCUUGCGAUGUUUAUGACAACAAUGGCCUAAAAACCCAUGUGAUUAUGAAGCAUCGAACAUUACUGGGUUUUGACAGGAGGUCUGGCUUAUCUACAAGCGAUGUCUUGUUGUACCUGCAAGCAUUCUCCCUUUAAUACUCUAUGGUUGGCCAAGCAUCAAGCUCGUGGUACUUCUGGUUGGAUUUUGAUAUCAUAGUUGCUGUGCUGGCAAGUCCUAGAAUGGUGGUCCAUAGAGUAGUUGGAGCACUCAAAGGGGAAGAGUGAGAGAGCGAUCACGUCCAUUCGAGAUGGCAAAUAGAAAACUCAUUAAUAUAGUAUAGAGUGGAAGGUAUUGAUAGAGUUCUUCAUUGGUUUUGUCAAUGGAGAAAAAUGAAGCCUAGAAAGAACUGCGUGUGCGUCUAAGGUGAUUUUUACGGUAGUAGUUCAAUUGACAUCCUUCACCUGGCAUAUCCAGGGGCAGGGCUAGGAAUUUGCGUCUGUGGGUUCUGGAUUUUAGAAAAUGCAGCUUCAUGGCUUCUUCACUACUGAUUUUCAACAUGGCAUCUUUUCCAAUCCUGCUUAGAAAUUUUCUUGAGCCGAGGUCUAUUGGAAACAAGCUCUCUACCUUCACAAGAUAGGGGUAAGGUCUGCGUACACACUACCCUUCCCAGACCUCAAUUAUCGAAAUACACUGGGUAUAUUAUUGUUAUUGCAGCUUCAUGGGUUCUGGAUAAAUUAUUUAUAUAUAUUAAAUAGAUUUUUUAACACAAGUACAAGGUUUGAGCUAAAGCUAUUGGCAUAUGCCGAACCCAUAAAUUCAUUUGUAGCUCCGGCCUUGGGCAUAUCAGAAGGACGUAUGGUGCAUAGGUCAGCUCGUUGUGUUAGCGGGAUGAGAAUGAUAGUAGUGGCAGAGCUAGGAAUUUAUGCAAGGAGAUUCAAAAAAAUACUAGAACGUUACACUUGGGAUUUGAACCUGUAACCUAAAACAAUUUUUAAACCCCUUUGCCACUAUACUAUAAUCUUACCAGAUGUCAUGAGCUUAGUUUAUAUAUAACCAAAAAAAAAAGAUUCACAUUAUAAUAUUUUGGUGAAGGGGAUUCAAUUACCCCCUUGGCUCUACAUAGCUCCGCCCAGGAUAAUAGGAUUAUGUUGGGCUUAAUAGCAUGGAUGUGGACAUGAGUUCUUUUUGGAUGACGACACAAAUUCAAUCAUGAAGACCAGAAAACUUUAAUUUUGAGGGGACAUGUCUACAUGACACAAUUGAAUUUAUGUUGUAAUUAGGUUAUGCAAGUUUCUUAAGCGUAGGCGAAAAAAGAAUGUUGAAAAAAUAUAUAAUUAGAUGACUAUAACCGCAAAAGAACUCAGAUAUAGUUAUGUCUAAAAUUUGGAUAAAUGUAUCCUUUCUCUUGUAGACAUAGAAAUUCUAGGAGUCUAUUCGAGUUGCUUGGAGGCUACUCUACCAGUACCCUAACUUUGAGUCUGCUACAACCCUAAGCCACUCUUAUAAAAAGGGUUACAUAUUACCUUAAAAAAAGAUCUCGGAAUUUGCGGUCAUCUCAGCAAUUCCAUAAAUUCUCGGAAUAUGCACAAAGAGAUCAAAUAUACGAUCUCGAAAUUCCAUAAAAAUCAAGGAAUAUUCACAAAGAGAUCAAAGACAUCAAAUAUUGUCUUUCUCAUAGCCGCCGAAGUGAUCAACAGAUAUUCUUCCUUUUCAUGGAGAUCAAAUAUAUCUCAAGGAAGUUCGCAUCAUCUUACGUUCGAGAAAUACGUUGGUUAAUCUCUCGAAUCACGGAGAACGAUCUAGAGAGGAGAAUCAAGGGAACAAAUAGAAUUGUACCCACAAAGACUCAACAAUAAAAUUACUCAUCUUUUAUGUUUGUGAUUGCAAUUUUUGACGUAUGUCGAUAUUUUAUUGCAAACAAAUUGGCACGCUCAGUGGGACUAGUUUUGCCCUUCAUCUUUUCCUCUUGGAAAUCAAAAGCUACAAAUUUCAAAAUCAACUGAUGUGGUAGCCUUCAAACAAAGAGCUAUGCAGUGUUGUUAAGAAUUUAUAUCAAGGUAGUGAUCAUGGGUAAUUUAACCAGAGAAUCGCUUGUAUAGAUUCGGAAAGGAAAAUCCUUCUAUGGAUUUAUGGAACUAGCAGUACUCUUUCUUGACACACAAGAAUUUUUCAUUUAUUGGAAAGGUGGCAUAUCUUUGCACGUUUGUGAAAUUAAUUUCCAACAGAUGCAAGGCAAAAAGAAAUUCAAAAAGUUGAUUAUUCACAAGCCACACUUUGAAGAAGAUUUAUGUGAACAAGUCUCAAAGAAGCACUUCCUUGCGGGUCUCAUCAUUGGUACUUCAAGUCUUGUCUUCAAGUUUCGGCAAGCCUACCCCCCAAACAAAACUUGAAGAAGGGGGCAUUUGUAGACAUCAAAAUUUUAGGAGUCUUGAAAUUCUAGGAGUCUACUCGGGUUGCUUGGAGGCUACUUUACCAAUACCCUAACUUUGAGUCUACUCUAACCCUAGGCCACUCCUAUAAAAAGGAUUACAUAUUACCUUAAAAAAAGAUAUCGGAAUUUGCGGUCAUCUCGGAAUAUGCACAAAGAGAUCAAAUAUACGAUCUCAAAAUUCCAUAAAAAUUCAUGGAAUAUUCACAAAGAGAUCAAAGACAUCAAAUAUUGUCUCUCUUAUAGCCGCCGAAAUGAUCAACGCGAUCAAAUAUAUCCCAAGGAAGUUCGCAUCAUCUUACGUUCGAGAAAUAUGUUGGUCAAUCCCUCGAAUCACGGAGAACGAUCUAGAGAGGAGAAUCAAGGGAACAAACAGAAUUGUACCCACAAAGACGUAUCAAUAAAAUUACUCACCUUUUAUGUUUGUGAAUGCAUUUUUGACAUAUGUCGAAAUUUUAUUGCAAACAAAUUGGCACGCCCAGUGGGACCAGUUCUGCUCUUCAUCUCUUUCCCAUGCAAAUAGAAAACCAAAAGUUUCAAAAUCAUUUGUUACGAUGGUCGAGUACUUCAAGUCUGGUCUUCAAGUUUCGGCAAGCGUAUACCCCGACAACCCUUGAAGUUGGGGGCAUUUGUAGACAUCGAAAUUUUAAUAGAUCAAGCCUAUACAAAAUUUGGGCUAAAUCCUAAAUUCAAGACACUACUCUUAAAAUUCUAGGAGUCCAUUAGGGUUACUUGGAGGCUACUCUAUUGAAAACCUAAUUUGGAGGCUACUCUAUCCUAUCCUAGGUCACUCCUAUAAAAAGGGUCACAUAUUCCCUUGAAAAGACAUCUAAAAAAUAGAGAUCAUCUCGAAUAUCCCAUAAGCUCAUGGGAUACUCACAAAGAGAUCAAGAUGUGGUCGGAUAAUUCUUGAUAAUCAAAUACUUCAAGAAGAUCCACAACGUACUUUCAUGGAUAUUAGAUACAUUCAAGAAAUUUCGCAUCAUCCUACAUUCGAGAAAUACUCUGCUCCAGCCCUCGAAUCACGGAGAUAAUCAGGAGAGAAGAAUCAAGGGAGAAAUAGAAUUAUACGACCAAUUGAUUAAUAAAAUUUCUUUAUUCUUUUGUGAUUGCAGUUAUUUUUCAUAUGUCAAAAAUUCGUUGCAAAUAGUUAGGUUAUGCAAGUUUCUUAUGUAGCAUAGGCCAAAAAUGAACGUUGAAAAAAUAUAUAAUUAGAUGACUAUAACCGCAAAAGAUCUCAGAUAUAGUUAUGUCUAAAAAUUUGCAAUAAAUGUAUCCUUUUUCUGUUAUAUGAACCUCUGUUAUCCACUCAUUUAUGAUUUCCCAGUGUUUUAGAACGCGAAGGCAUAGAACAAGACACUUUAGCUAUACUGGGGCGGAGUGUAACCCCAGAAACUUUGAACUCUUAAUAUUUAAUACUCCAUCCGUUUUAGUUGUCCAUUUUUGACUUUGCACUCCCUUUAAGAAAAAAUAAAUGAAGUAUGUAUUUAUAAUUUUACCCAUAAUAAUGAUAGUAUUUUCAAAAGUCUUGGGAAAUAAUUUGGGGAAUGAGUAGUUAAUGAUAAGGGAAAAAUAUGAAAAAAGAUUGUCUUUCUUGAUUUAGUAUGGUGGACACUGGACAAGUAAAAGUGAAAACGUAUUUUUAGUACAGUGGACAAGUAAAAGUGAAAGUUGGGAGUAGUAAAAUAACAUUAAGAAAUAAAUUAAAAGAUAAAUUUCUAAAAAAAAUUAAAAUUCAAAAAAUAAAAGGUAUAAAUAUUUAUUUAACUAUCUAGGCAAAAUAUAAUAUUCUAAGCCAUCAAGCUCUUAAUUGUAGAACAACAUACUCAUCGUAUAAAUUAUAGACAAAUACUUGAAAACAUUUAUAAAUCAAACACUCUGCGGCGUUUUGAACGGGCAAUCCAAGGCGUAAAGCAUGCACGAGUCAUUCUUCGAGUGUACUGGAUAGACAACCUAAGGCAUAAAGUGUCCAUAAGGCGAAUGCCGCACCUGUCAUGGCAUAUGCCCCAUGGGACUUUAGCUGUUCCAUCUUGCGUCUACAAUGUUAAGAGCUUACCUCGCCCCAAAGGAAGUCCCAGACGAGUUACAAUUUUACAAUUUUUUCUUUCAAAAAAAUGGACUUUCCCCUCUUCAUGUCUUCUCUAAUUUAGUAACUUACUUCU